AUGGAGAUGAUUGACAAUGCUGUUUAUUCUGUAUUAGAAUUGUCUACCGUACCACAAGCCCAGAAUGACUACAGACCCCAGCAAAAAGCUUCCCCUUCCAGGUGCUCUCCCUCUCGGUGGGCGGUGAUAGCUUUGGGGCUUCUGAGUGCCGUUCUUGCGAGUGUGCUGCUAUACAAAUGGACUCUGUGCCAGGGUCCCACGCACUCCACUUGUGCCAGCUGUCCUUGUUGCCCAGACUUCUGGAUGGGGUAUGGUGACCAUUGUUAUUACUUCUCAGUGGAGAAAAAGGACUGGAAUUCUAGUCUGGAAUUCUGCUUAGCAGAAGACUCACAACUCCUUAUGUUUAUAGACCACCAGGAAAUGGACACGGUCAAAAUUUUCUUAGAUAACGACACUUUUUACUGGAUUGGUUUGAGGAAGAAUUCUGUCUGGAGGUGGGAAAAUGGAUCAGUCCUAAACUCUUUAAGGGUUGUUUCAAACAGCUUGGCACAGACGUGUGGCGUCAUUGGCAAAGGUGGUCUCCAGGCCGCUAGCUGUCAAGCCCAUUUAAAAUGGGCCUGUAAGAAGGCCAGACUUUGA